CUCAACGGAAUCACACUCAACACCACACUCUCACUCACUCACUCUUUUUGACACAGAGGCAGAGACACACACACACAUCUCCUCAGUGUAACGCGGGGCAAGCACACCACACACAGCAGAGAAGAGGAAAGAGGAAGAAAAGGAAGGAAGGAAAUAAAGGAGGAGAAAGGGAAAACAUUGAACGGAGUUAUCUGACACUUAGAUUUUCUCAGAGGCUUUCAACGGAGAACAGACACAGAGGAGUUGAGAGAAGAGGAAAAGAGGAAGACAGCGGAAACCCUAGACACGGGUCCAGUGUCACAGUGACUCAGGCUCUUCACUGAAGACCCCUGGAUCCUGAACCCAUUUCCCCUAGGAGCCCCUACCCCCACCCUCCACCUCGCCCCAGCCCCACAGCCUGUGGGUAUCUUCCUGUACCUGUGUGUGUGUACCUCUCCCCUCCUCAUCCUCCCACCUUCAGAGCCCAUAGUCCACCAUGCUGUGGACUGUUCUCCUAGCCCUGCUGGUUCUCCUCCUACUGCAGACCCAGCUAUGUGUCUGUCUACGGGUGCUCAGAGUUGCCGGCUAUUCCUCCCCCUCAUCCUCCCCCUCUCGUAAUGCCACCAAGCAGCGACUACCUGGAGCCAUCAUCAUCGGCGUGCGUAAAGGUGGCACCAGGGCCCUCCUGGAGAUGCUCAACCUCCAUCCGGACGUAGAGGUGGCCAAGGCUGAGGUGCACUACUUCAACGUGGAAGAGCACUACCGGCGGGGGCUGGCUUGGUAUCGUGCCCAGAUGCCCUUUACCCUGCCUGGGCAAGUGACGGUGGAGAAAACCCCUGGCUACUUUGCCUCUCCCCAGGUCCCUCAGCGGGUCUGGGAGAUGAACCCUGCUGUCCGACUCCUGCUGAUCGUCCGGGACCCCGCUGAGCGCCUCGUCUCCGACUACACCCAGGUCCUCCAUAAUAGGGUGACCCGCCACAAGCCCUACAAGUCUCUAGAAGAGCUGCUGCUCCACCAGGGCCACAUUGACCCGGCCUACAAAGCCCUGCAGAGGAGUCUGUACCACCAACACCUGGACCGCUGGCUGGAUGUCUUCCCCAGGGAGCAGGUCCAUGUGGUGGACGGAGAGGCCCUCAUCAGAGACCCCUUCCCAGAGCUCCGGAGGGCGGAGAGGUUCCUGGACCUGCUGCCCCGCAUCACUCCCUCCAACUUCUACUUCAACACAACUAAAGGUUUCUACUGCCUCCUCUCUGCCGGGGGCCAUGACAAGUGUCUGGAUGAGUCCAAGGGGAGGCCCCACGCUCCUCUCAGCUCCCGGGCCUUCAAGAAGCUCUGCCGAUACUUCAAAGAACCCAACCGCCUGUUCUUUGAAAUGGUGGGACGUUUCUUCUCCUGGUGCUGACUGUGCAUCAAGAAACAAAAGACGCUUUAUUGCUCUGAUACCACCUUUAAUGGGACAGAGAGAGGGGACAGACAGGGCCAACUGGCGAUAUUGCCCAUAAUAGCAAAGAUUUGGGAUGCCUUUGAAAUGGUCACCUGUUCCCUAUGUAGUGCACUACUUUUGGGCAGAGUGGGUACCAUUUAGAACGUAAUCUUAGAGAUGCUUUAGACACACUAAGAGCAGGUCAACAGUGAAAAGACAUUGGCCUGUGUGAAGUUACUGUUGAUUGGACGGAUAGAUAGAUUGGUGUGUUGACUGUCAGGUAGGGGGGUGGAUGGGAUGAAUGGACGAAUAGAUUGGUGUGCAGACUGUUGGGUGUGCGGAUGGAUUAAUUUAUGUGUUAAUUGAAGGGUGUGGGUGGAUGAAUUGACAGAGAUGAAAGGAUAAAACCACGGAUGCACACAGACGAUUUUAAAGAUCUUUAGAGGUGUUACGUAUUGAGUGUUCUCAAUUCUCUUACUGUCAAUGAGCUGAACCAAGCCAGGCCUGGGAGUGAAAAGCACAACAAGCAUAGACUGUAUAAGAUAACUCUCACUGACGGACACUAUUUCUAACUACCCAUAGAAAUAGAUGAUGGGUACAUUCAAUAUGGCAGCCGGUCCACCCAUCACGGAACAUUGACUUGAAUGGGAAUGUCCAUUCAAGUGAUCUGUUUUUUUUAUGGUACUACCUGCUGGAGAACAUGAACUGAAGUGCCCAUUCUCUAAUACUGUAUGCCUGUUGGUCCUAAUAUCACCUGAUCAUGACUCUUGCUGGUGCCUGUCAUCGUUGGCCUUGGGUUGCACAAACUAGAAUGAAAUUGAGUGUAAGAAAAUAACUACAAACUGGAAUGAAAUCAAGUGUAAUAAAAUAACUACAAUAAACUGUGCCAUACAAUUGUAUCGUGAACAAUCAAGACAAAAACAAAUCUUGUCAUUUUGAUGGUCAGUAAAAUGAGUUUCAGAGCAGAUACCAUUGGAGGAAAUGUAUAAGUGUACAGAAAAUAGAGGGUAGAAGAAUGUUUUGAAAUUAGAUGGGGCUUAUUAUUGCACUAUAACUGAAUGCUUAAUUGCAUAAAAGGUCAGUCCAUCUGUAGAUCUACUGUACCAAUAUGAAGCUAUUUCAAACCGAGUCUCACGUUUUAGACUGCUUACCAUUUUCACAAAAUGGUUUACCAUUGUAAAAAGUAUGCCUGUGAGCUAAAAUAAUGUCCUCAUUUAGAUAAUCAUGUGUACUUAUCUUGUUAUUAUUCUAAUAUUUUACUUUCAAAUGUUCAAUAGAUAUGUAUAUUUUUGGGAUUGUUGAAUUUAAAUUUGAAGGUGUUUGAGCUGUAAUGCAUUGUAAGUAUGUUUUCUAAAAUCUUCUUCAAUAAAUGUGUACUGUUGUACUUUAA